UUAUAGUAUAUUGAGAAUCAAAGUACCGUUUUAGCUCCACAACGAGGCCGGACCCUCCGAGCGACCAAAGAAACAUCGUUACAGAACAUCUACAGAUCGAGUUGUGAAAGAUACAGGUGUCAGUGUCAUGUCUCGACUGGUUUUGAUGCUCGUGCUUCUGAUGUGUGUCAGCGCUCAGCUCUCAGAUGCUCAGCACUGGUCCCACGGCUGGUAUCCUGGAGGAAAACGGGAGCUGGACUCCUUUGGAGCAUCAGAGAUGUCAGAGGAAAUUAAGUUGUGUGAGGCAGGGGAAUGCAGUUAUCUGAGACCCCAGAGGAGGAAUACCCUGAGAAACAUUGUUUUAGAUGCGUUGGCCAGAGAGCUCCAGAAGAGAAAGUAACAGCUUCCUGUCUCCAGUAUGCUUUUCUACCUGGUGACCAUGUUCUCUAACCUACAAAGGCAGGUCAUUCCUAAGUUAUGGAAUGACCUGCCUUUGCACUGUCCAGUUUUAAAGCUCGUAUUAAAACCCAUUUAUUUUACUUGGCUUUCAACUCCAGCGAGAUCUAGUUUUACAUUGUUUGUUGUUUUAAACUGUAUUUGUUUUUAUCUAUUUUAUGUACAGCACUUUGUUUCAGCUGUGAUUGUUUUAAAGUGAUUUAUAAAUAAAGUUGGUAUGGUAUGGUAUGGUGUCUUUAUCUUGGAACAAUUCUGUGUAGCUUUGUCUGAAGUGGUUUUUCCCAGUAGCAACUCGAAAUAAAG